AUGAAGGCUUGUCUAUACGAUAAUAUAUAUCAGACCUACUCAUGGCCGGUAGAAUGGCUACUCGAGAUUUUGCGCCUAAGCUAUUGCAGAAGGAAAAACUACGAGGGAUUUUGCAAUCGAUUACGCGCCAGCGGACGAACUUCAAUCGGGGACGUUGGAUUCGACAAAGAUGAAAAGUUUGGUCGCGUCGGAAACGUUCGAUUCGCUGAUGGUGUCAUCCUUCUACGAGACGGACUCGAUCUAAUCAAAAAUCCGCGCUUCAGACGCGAGGCUCAACAAUUCCUAAAAGGUCAGAAGAGAAACAGUAAAGUCAAGAGGGGGAUCGCGAACGAAGUUCAGCUAGCAUCGGAGAUCAUAGGAAAGAGCUUGGGACGACUUCCUUUCGUCACUGCGAAUGGUCAUCUCGGCCUGAGUUCUGAACAUAUAAUGCAGGGUGAUAAGAUUGCGAUUAUUGCAGAAAGCCAGGUUCCGUUUGUACUUAGACCGCGGGACAAGGACCAAUUCAGCGUGGUCAGCGAAGCCUAUGUGGACGGCAUCAUGGAUGGUGAGAUAGGAGAAACCUCAAAAUACGGUGAUGUCACCUUGGUAUGA